UGCACCGGCACAGACAUGAAGCUGCGCCUCCCAGCCAGUCCCGAGACCCACCUGGACAUGCUCCGCCACCUCUACCAGGGCUGUCAGGUGGUACAGGGCAACCUGGAACUCACCUACCUGCCUGCCAAUGCCAGCCUCUCCUUCCUGCAGGAUAUCCAGGAGGUGCAGGGAUACGUGCUCAUCGCUCACAGCCAGGUGAGGCAGGUCCCAUUGCAGGGACUGCGAAUUGUACGAGGCACUCAGCUCUUCGAGGACAGCUAUGCCCUGGCCGUGCUAGACAACGGAGACCCACAGGACGGUGCCACCCCUGCCAUGGGGGCUGCCCCAGGAGGGCUGCGGGAGCUGCAGCUUCGAAGCCUCACAGAGAUCCUGAAGGGAGGGGUCUUGAUCCAGCGGAACCCCCAGCUCUGCUACCAGGACACAAUUCUGUGGAAGGACAUCUUCCACAAGAACAACCAGCUGGCUCGCACGCUGAUCGACACCAACCGCUCCCGGGCCUGCCGACCCUGUUCUCCAGCUUGUAAUGCCUCCCGCUGCUGGGGAGAAAGUUCUGAGGACUGUCAGAGCUUGACACGCACUGUUUGUGCCAGUGGCUGUGCCCGCUGCAAGGGCCCGCUGCCCACCGACUGCUGCCAUGAGCAAUGUGCUGCUGGCUGCACAGGCCCCAAGCACUCGGACUGCCUGGCCUGCCUCCACUUCAACCACAGCGGCAUCUGUGAGCUGCACUGCCCAGCCCUGGUCACCUACAACACGGACACCUUCGAGUCCAUGCCCAACCCUGAGGGCCGGUACACCUUCGGUGCCAGCUGUGUGACUGCCUGUCCCUACAACUACCUAUCUACUGACGUGGGAUCCUGCACCCUGGUCUGUCCCCUGCACAACCAAGAGGUGACAGCUGAGGAUGGAACACAGCGGUGUGAGAAAUGCAGCAAACCCUGUCCCCGAGUGUGCUACGGUCUGGGCGUGGAACACCUGCGGGAGGCCAGGGCCGUCACUAGUGCCAACAUCCAGGAGUUUGCUGGCUGCAAGAAGAUCUUUGGCAGCCUGGCGUUUCUGCCAGAGAGCUUUGAUGGGGACUUGGCCUCCAACACGGCACCCCUACAGCCUGAGCAACUCAGAGUGUUUGAGACUCUGGAGGAGAUCACAGGUUACCUGUACAUCUCAGCAUGGCCAGACAGCCUGCCUGACCUCAGUGUCUUCCAGAACCUGCGAGUAAUCCGGGGACGAGUUCUGCACGAUGGCGCCUACUCUCUGACCCUGCAAGGGCUGGGCAUCAGCUGGCUGGGGCUGCGCUCACUGCGGGAACUGGGCAGCGGACUGGCCCUCAUCCACCGCAACGCCCGCCUCUGCUUCGUACACACGGUGCCCUGGGACCAGCUCUUCCGGAACCCGCACCAGGCCCUGCUCUACAGUGCCAACCGGCCAGAGGACAAGUGUGUGGGCGAGGGCCUGGCCUGCUAUCCGCUGUGCGCCCACGGGCACUGCUGGGGUCCGGGGCCCACCCAGUGUGUCAACUGCAGCCAGUUCCUUCGGGGCCAGGAGUGCGUGGAAGAAUGCCGAGUACUGCAGGGGCUCCCCAGGGAGUACGUGAAUGACAGGCACUGUCUGCCGUGCCACCCCGAGUGUCAGCCCCAGAAUGGCUCAGUGACCUGCUUUGGAUCGGAGGCUGACCAGUGUGUGGCCUGUGCCCACUACAAGGACCCUCCCUUCUGCGUGGCUCGCUGCCCCAGCGGUGUGAAGCCUGACCUCUCCUACAUACCCAUCUGGAAGUUCCCAGAUGAGGAGGGCACGUGCCAGCCGUGCCCCAUCAACUGCACCCACUCCUGUGUGGACCUGGACGACAAGGGCUGUCCUGCUGAGCAGAGAGCCAGCCCCGUGACAUCCAUCAUCGCUGCUGUGGUGGGCAUUCUGCUGUUUGUGGUCAUGGGGCUGGUUCUUGGGAUCCUGAUCAAGCGAAGGCGGCAGAAGAUCCGGAAGUACACGAUGCGGCGGCUGCUGCAGGAGACGGAGCUGGUGGAGCCGCUGACACCCAGCGGAGCGAUGCCCAACCAGGCUCAGAUGCGGAUCCUGAAAGAGACGGAGCUGAGGAAGGUGAAGGUGCUUGGAUCCGGAGCUUUCGGCACAGUUUACAAGGGCAUCUGGAUCCCCGAUGGGGAGAAUGUGAAAAUCCCUGUGGCCAUCAAAGUUUUGAGGGAAAACACAUCCCCCAAAGCCAACAAAGAAAUCUUGGACGAAGCGUACGUGAUGGCUGGUGUGGGCUCCCCAUAUGUGUCCCGCCUCCUGGGCAUCUGCCUGACAUCCACGGUGCAGCUGGUGACACAGCUUAUGCCCUAUGGCUGCCUCCUAGACCACGUCCGAGAACACCGCGGGCGCCUGGGCUCCCAGGACCUGCUGAACUGGUGUGUGCAGAUUGCCAAGGGGAUGAGCUACCUGGAGGACGUGCGGCUCGUGCACAGGGACCUGGCUGCCCGGAACGUGCUGGUCAAGAGUCCCAACCACGUGAAGAUUACAGACUUUGGGCUGGCUCGGCUGUUGGACAUUGAUGAGACGGAGUACCACGCAGAUGGGGGCAAGGUGCCCAUCAAGUGGAUGGCGUUGGAGUCCAUUCUCCGCCGGCGAUUCACCCACCAGAGUGAUGUGUGGAGCUAUGGUGUGACUGUGUGGGAGCUAAUGACUUUUGGGGCCAAACCUUAUGAUGGGAUCCCAGCCCGUGAGAUCCCUGACCUGCUGGAGAAGGGGGAGCGGCUGCCCCAGCCCCCCAUCUGCACCAUUGAUGUCUACAUGAUCAUGGUCAAAUGUUGGAUGAUUGACUCUGAAUGUCGGCCGAGAUUCCGGGAGUUGGUGACUGAAUUCUCCCGCAUGGCCAGGGACCCUCAGCGCUUUGUGGUCAUCCAGAAUGAAGAUUUGGGCCCAGCCACUCCCUUGGACAGCACCUUCUAUCGCUCACUGCUGGAGGAUGAUGACAUGGGGGACCUGGUGGAUGCUGAGGAGUAUCUGGUACCCCAGCAGGGCUUCUUCUGCCCAGACCCUGCCGCAGGCACUGGGAGCACAGCCCACCGCAGGCACCGCAGCUCAUCCACCAGGAGUGGUGGUGGUGAGCUGACGCUGGGGCUGGAGCCCUCCGAAGAGGAGCCCCCCAGAUCUCCGCUGGCACCCUCAGAAGGGGCUGGCUCUGAUGUGUUUGAUGGUGACCUGGGGAUGGGGGCAGCCAAAGGACUGCAGAGCCUCACCCAACAUGACCCCAGCCCUCUACAGCGGUACAGCGAGGACCCCACAGUACCCCAGCCCCCUGAGACUGAUGGCUAUGUUGCUCCCCUGACCUGCAGCCGCCAGCCCGAAUAUGUGAACCAGCCAGAGGUUCGGACGCAGCCCCCCUCACCCCUAGAGGGCCCUCUGCCUCAAGCCCGACCUGCUGGUGCCACUCUGGAAAGGCCCAAGACUCUUUCCCCCGGGAAGAAUGGGGUUGUCAAAGACGUUUUUGCCUUUGGGGGUGCAGUGGAGAACCCCGAAUACUUGGCACCCCGUGGAGGGGCUGCCCCUCAGCCCCACCCACCUCCUACCUUCAGCCCAGCCUUUGACAACCUCUAUUACUGGGACCAGGACCCAUCAGAGCGGGGGUCUCCACCCAGCACCUUCGAAGGGACCCCUACAGCAGAGAACCCUGAAUACUUGGGCCUGGAUGUGCCAGUGUGAGCCAGGAGGCCAAGUCUGCUGAGGCCUCAGGGAGUGGGAAAGACUUGGCUUCCGGCCUGCAUCACGACAAGGUGGAGAGAGGGCCUCUGACCACAUCCAGGGGACCCUGCCAUGCCAGGAACCUGUCCUAAGGAACCUUCCUUCCUGCUUGAGUUCCUAGGUGGCAAAGAGGGGCCCAGCCCAGGUGGAAGAGGGAGCAGCACAGAGUGGUUUGACUGAUUUUGGAACCCUGUCCCACCAGACUCUAGGGUCCAAUGGAUGCCACAGCCACAGUCUCCCCACCUGAGGCAGCGGCCCAGCCUGGCCCUCUUCUUCCAGAUCCUUGGUACUAAAGGACUUAGGGGAGCUGGGCCUAGGAGGGCAAGAGGCCCCAAGGGGUGUCUCAGAAUGAGAGCGACCUCUUCAGAGACUGUCCCUGAGACCUAGUGCUGCGUCCAGGGAAGGGAGCAGCAAUAGUGUCAAGAUCUAGUCCUUGUACAGAGUGCUUUUUUGUUUCAUUUUUACUUGUUUUGUUUUUUAAAGAUGAAAUAAGGACCCAGGGGAGGGUGGGUUUUGUAUGAAAGAGUCCUUGGGGUUGCAGGGAGGGAUGUCCCUUUCUCUACACCCACUUUCCCCAUUUGCAAAUAUAUUUUGGAAAACAGCUGG